GACUCGACCAAGCUAAUUUAACUUGAGGGGCUCAUUCUUGCUCAAGUUGUCAAGAGGGUUGCUGUUUUCCGAGAGGGUUAGAUUUGGUACGGCAGGAUCCGCAUGCAGGUGGCUAAAGGACCAAUUUUCUAAAAAUGCCAUUGCAAAUAUUUACUCACAUAAACCUGUGGAUUUUGCGGAUACUUGAAAAACUACCACAUUAGAACAAUAUUUCUUUGUUAUCAGCCAAAUGGAUCAUCUCUGCGUAAAGACGGUAAGCAUUCAUCUGUGGGCAAGGGCUGGCACGGUGCUGUGGAGCAUAUGUUUAUAAAAUAAAACCGUCAUUACAAUGACCACAAAGUCAUGAGACUGGGGUGAGUUGGGUCACACCCCCUUUUCCCCCCCAAACCUGCCUGCAUAAAUACUGGAAGUCCUGCUGAGAGGACAGAUGCACAGAGCGUCUGAGAAGCACUGAGAAGUCUGCAGUAAGAAGCACAGCAGCACACAUUGUCUUUUUUGUCCUCUGUCGAAAAAUAAAGCAGUGGGACAGCUGAAGCGGCUGGUUCUUUCAUUCAUGGACACACCGAGCUGCUCUCACUCAGGCACCAUGACGGCCUUCAUAGUGUCUGUCCUCUUCUUGUUGCCACUCACCAUGGCAGACAUAACUCCAGGAUGCAAGAUCCGAUUCACCUCAAGAGGCCUUGAGAUGUUGAAAUAUGAGACUCAGAAGUUUGUGGAGGAAGAGCUGAGUAACAUCACAAUGCCAGAGAUGAAAGGAAAAGAGGGGCGAUUUCAGUACACUAUUAACAAUGUGAAGAUCACCGAGCUGAACCUGACGCAUGUCGAUCUGCGCUUCCAGCCUGACCUGGGCCUGCUCUUUGAAGUGGAGAACUCCUCCAUCACCCUCAACUUUCAGAGACGGAUUCUCUACUGGUUCUUCUUUGAUGUGGGCUCCAUUAACGCCUCUGCAGAAGGUGUUAAUAUCCACACAGCACUGAACCUUAUCAGAGAUGAUAUGGGACGCCUCAAGAUCUCGAAUAUCACCUGUGAUGCCUACAUCACCAAGAUGAAGGCCAAAUUCAGUGGCACUCUUGGGAGAGUAUAUGACUUCAUUGCAACAUUCCUGACAACUGGAAUGCGCUUCCUCCUGAAUCAACAGAUAUGUCCCUCCAUGGAUCGUGCUGGCCUGGUUUUGAUUAACUCUUUACUGGAGACUAUCCCAGUACGCUCAGAGGUGGACAGCUACAUUGGCAUUGAUUAUUCCCUGCUACAGGAUCCGGUGGUGACAGAAAGCAGUCUAGACAUGGAUUUCAGGGGCAUGUUCUAUGAACUUAAGAAUGAGAAUGAAACCCUUCCCAACAAUGCAGUGAAUCCUAUUAUGACGGAGUACGAUAAGAUGGUGUACCUGGCCUUGUCAGAAUACUUCUUUGACAGCGGUUUGGAUGCCUACUUUAAAGCCGAAAUGUUCAAAACAGAGAUCUCAAAUGGACGGAUGUCAAAGGAUAUGGAGAUGCUUCUGAAAACAACCUACUUUGCGACCAUCAUGAUGCUUAACCCUGCCCUGAUGGAGGCCCCUCUCUCCCUGGAGCUGGAGACCACCUCGCCUCCCCGCUGUACCAUCAAAUCGUCCGGAGCCAGCGUGUCCGUCAAUGCCAUCGUCAAUGUCCUGGUGCUCCCGCCGGGACAGGAUCCUGUGCAGCUGAGCAGCAUGACCAUGGAGACCAAGUUUAAUGCCAAAGUGUCCAUGAAGGGAAAGAGGCUCACCGUCCAUAUGGACUUGAGAAGGUUUAAAAUCUUCUCGAAUAAAUCUGCGUUGGAAUCACUGGCGCUGAUCCCCCUACAAGGGCCACUGAAAACCAUGCUUCAGAUCUCUGUGGUGCCUCUUAUCAACAAUUACACCAAGAGAGGAGUGCAGAUCCCAUUGGCAGAGGGAAUGGACUUCAUUGAAGAAGUGGUGACCUAUCACAAUGGUUAUAUUGUAAUAGGAGCGGACCUGCACUUCACCACGGGUCUACGAGAAGUCAUUCAGAGUAAGAUGGAGGGAGAGAGCGCCAACGCAGUCUAGAAGUCCAUUUCUAAUGACCGUGGAUUAGGCACUAAAUCCUGAGGGGAUGUUCAGCAUGCCUCCAGGAGUUCACCCUUCCAUCAGUGUCAAUUUGCAACCCUAGUGUUUCACACCUUCUGAAGGGGUUGGACCAGGUGAAGGGGAUUGCACCAAUCUCAGCCAGUGGGUGGGGUGACUGUAUACCACUUUAGUUUUCCCAGCCUUCUAAUGUUUACUAUUGUAUUCAUGUGUACAUUUAGACACCUAUGCUAUUCAAAUCAAAAGCGAAGUGACACACACUGUAUGGAUCCUCAAGCUCCUCUGCAUGUUAUACUCUAGGUCAACCAUACACCAACAUCUGAUUCUAGGGACCAUGAUAUUCCACAAAGUACAAUUGUAGAGUUAUCCAGAUAACUGCAAUGAGUAGAACAGUAGACAAAGUCUGUGUUCUGGUGGUACACCGUUUCCAGGUUUUAUGUUGCACAGUAAUCGGGCUAGCUCUACCAUGGCUAACCCCCCGUCAUUGGCCAAUGUCAUUAUACACAAACACACUGCAGGUUUAGAGAUUGAGUUUAAAACUCUUUUUUUUUUACGUUACAUUGCAAGCCGUUUUUAGAAUCUUUGUUAAAAUGAGGUUAGACUGCAUUAUAUUACACUCCCUUUGUAUAAUACUUUAUGUAGACAAAGUGGGUGCCAUAUUUGUGUUGAAGAUUCAGUUAUAAAUAGUAAAUAUGAGGUAGGUGCUACUGAUUUAGUUACUACUGUUGUAUUAGCAAACAUUUUUUAUUUUGUAUUGUAAGUCAUGUAUUGAGAUCAUAUGUUUGGAUUAAAAGGCUAAUGAACACA